AUGAUACGCAUGGCAUUGGAUGUCGCCUGUCUCAUUGAAUUCACCCUGUCGUUAGUGGCUGGGCCUUCCCAUGUUGCCAAGCAGCUAACCUUAGUGGAGUCCCAGAGGCCUCUGGUAGCGGCUAGUGUAACUGAGCACUUACAGGCAAUUUUGGGGCCACUGUCUUCGACUAUAGACGAUAGUUCUGUGGACGGGUCGGUUUAUGAAGACAGUUUGAAAAGUCUCGCACGACGGUGCUUGGUGGAAGCAUCGUUGCUAUUGGACCUGCUCCCCACGAUCACGAACCCCGAUCCCGCAGCAAGUUGGCAGGUCUUUCAGCUGGGCUGGGCAGAACUUUCACAGACCGAAGUUGUCGCGGCCUGCAAAGCGCGGCUUCUUGAGUGUGCUACAGACUUAUGCAACUUGCUAAUAGAAGUGUUCAAUAAUGAGAGUUUCUCUCUGAACAAGAAUUUGGAAACCCUGCACAAGGAGUCUGAAAGGAUAUACUCAUCCAGGGCUACUGAAAUCCUUAAGACCAAGAAAGGCAUUAUUUCUGCGCUCAAGUCUUUUCCUCAGAACCAGGCUAAAGCCAAAUCGUCACGAAAGGCUCCGAAGCCUUUGGCACCUGCACCUCUAUCGUCUGACAGUACCGAGGAUGUCGAACGUCCUGUAAGAACCUACAACAAGAGGACCAAGGCCCGUCGUAGUAUUUUAAGAACAACGGGAUCAUCAUCGGCCAAACCCACUGAAGAGCGCCUGAUCAACGUUAUCGAGACCGUCAAAAAUGGUCUUACGAGCCUUUGUCAUCUCCUACAAGUUGUACCUUACGAGAACUGCCUACUCCGCUACCUGUCUUUUGAUUCCGUUGAUUCUCGCGAGGAUUCAAUCCAAAAUGCUGAGUCAGGUACGUUCGGGUGGAUACUCAACGAUUCACCCGUGUCAGAGCCAAACCUCGAUAUUGCCCGAAAGUCAUAUAUUAAGUGGCUUGAAUCAGGCAGUGGUGUCUUCCACAUUUCUGGUAAGGCAGGAGCGGGCAAGUCAACUCUUAUGAAAUUCUUGCGGCACCAUUACCGAACAAAAGAAUCCCUAGAAAGAUGGGCUGGUCAAGAGAAGCUUAUAAUUUCCAGUUUUUACUUCUGGAACUCGGGUGGCUCCAUGCAGAUGUCUUUGGAGGGUCUCUAUCGGUCCAUUCUACUUGAAACAUGCCGACAAAGUCCGGAGUUGAUCUCAAGCUUAUUUCCUCAACAGUGGACAGAGUGCAGUAGCAAUGACAUCGAGGACUCCACAGAUGACCCUUUUUGGAACACUGAGACCAUUCGAGACGCCUUCACGCAGCUGAUGACACAAGACAUCGCCCAUAACUAUUCGAUGUGUUUCUUCAUUGAUGGUCUCGACGAGUACACAGUCGAAGAGGUGGACUAUUGGUCACUUGCACGAAACAUCAACUCUUGGAGCAAGAAGCCUAGUAUCAAAUUUUGCGUGAGCGCCAGGCCCUACACUGAAUUUCUCGAGACAUUUGAUCCAGAUCUUCGCUUCCAUCUUCACGAACUUACAAUGACCGAUAUCAGCACCUUUGCCGAAGAAUCUUUCGAAAAGACCGAGGGUCUGGACUUUGAGUCUUCUGUCAUGAAUUCUCUUGUUGGUGGCAUUGCAAUGAAAUCGGAGGGUGUUUUCGUCUGGGUUCGCAUCGCCGUCCGGUCCCUCAUCAGUCUAUCCAAUCACGGUAUGAGUACUCAUGAUCUGAUACGAACACUAGAGUCUUACCCUGCAGAGAUCGAUGAUCUGUAUGAGUGUAUACUAUCGCCCUUAACAGACGAAGAGAAAGAUCGAUCAAACACAAUGAUGGUCUUUGCUGCACAGAACCCGUACGCUCAAGCACUCAACGCGUUGUGCAUGAGCUGGAUCGACGACUUAACUGGCGACGAGCAGUUUCCUCGCAUUAAUCAUCCAUACACAUCUGUACAAGUCAGCAGGCGACAUGAAACCAUUCGGGCGGAUAUAGAGUGGUUGACCAAAGGACUUUUGGAGAUGCAUACUGACAGGCGCGAGCGUAAAGACGGCGACCAGUUCUAUCGACAGCGUAUCCAGUUCUCCCACCGCACGGCUCGCGAUUUCUUGCGCUCACCAGCGCGGCUUGAGGCCCUAAAGCGUAGCUUCGACUUCACAAAGCUGAACGAUAUGUUUGCUGGAUUGAGACUCGCCGAAAUUGUACUCGCAGGAAAGUACCGAGUCAACCAAGGUGCGGACCCCCGGCGACGCAGGCUCUACUUCAACUAUGUUCGGUCUCUCUUUCACCUCCGGACGGACGACGGCCUGCGCUAUCAGCUUCCACUCAAAUACAUGUGUACCUUAUCGGAAGACCUGCAGAGCACUCAUGCAGAGAAGUUUUUGAGUCCCUACGCGAUCAGCAGCUACCACGCGAUCUCUGGGUCCGGUGCCAUUGACGAAGAUCCUGAAAAAGCAGCGUCGUUCCUGCAUUUUGCGGUUGCACAUGGACAAUUCCUAUACGCCGUCCACGUUCUUCAAAAUACCAAACGCCAAACUAGUGAGCAUAACGAGCUUCACAUGCUGCUUUCUGCAGCAUUCGGCCACAAGAGACUCGGGACGGAUGAUUUUGCAGCCUUGGUGUCAUUGGCACCGUCGCCUCUGGACAGGAUCGGGAUUCGACCAUCGCUGGGAGCGGAUCCGUUCGCCAAUGCCAACAACACAAAACUGGUAAGUAUGUUAAUGAUAUUUGCCAGUACUUUGGUGUUUCGAUGCCUUGGCUCAACGCCGCCGAAAAGCAUGCGGCGAGGUAAGGUCUUUGAGCUGAGGGAUUUGUUUGUGAUGUUAGGCCACAUCACCGGGACAUUAGGGAGAGCUCAAAGCAAUGAACCGACAGCCAUAGUGGAGGAAGCACCGCAAUAUAUCUGUAUCUUGGAAAAUACCAAGUCACGGACUGGCAAGUUGUCAUCAACAGAUAUUAUAUUCACGACACUCAGCGAGCUUGCGCGACGGUAUCAGCACGACGUCGCCGAGGAUCUGCUUUUGCGUCUUGAAAGAAUUACACCUCGUGUUUCCGGCAUCAUACAGCCGGAUGGCUCAGCGAUGAGCACGAAACUACCCCCCUGGUGUAAUAGUGACAUGGCGGUGACCGGAACCAGCAUCAGCGGAACAUUGGUCAGAGGCGACGAGCUCGACGACUGUUACUGUACCAGUGUGUUGUCACAAACUGAGAAGAUGGUCGCUGCUGAUGGGUUGUUCUUCCGGCUAUAUUAA